AAUAUUACUAUAAUAAUAUCACUAACAAAGAAAGAGAAAUUAAAAAUUAAAAUAAAUAAAUUUAAAGUAACACGCACGAGAUUCAUGUCAUUCAUUUAAAAAUAUAAAUAUAUAAAGAAUUCAACAAAAUGUUCAAUUUAUAUCAGAAUUUAAAUAAAAGAGACGAUGAUCAUAAAGAAUCAGAUGUCACAGGACAUGAUAGAUUUUGGCAAGAACGUCCAAAGACGCGUCGAAAACGUCGUGCCAUCAAUCGAAGAACUCAAAGUGCCAUUGAACUGGAUUCUGAGGCUAUAGUCUCUGCUCGAAGUACUCUUAGGCGUGGAAGAAGCGCAAGCAUCGAAGACGAAGAUAGUGACGAAGAAAAGAAUUAUCAAUUGACCAAUAAAAUUGACAAUCUAGCCAAAAUAUUAUUUAGUCGCGUAUCUGCUGCUCGAAGUUGUAAAGAUUCUGAUACUAGGAAUGGAAAGCAUAAUUAUACAGAAUUGGGUCACGGAUCAUCUAUUUGUGAAGGUGUUGGCGAAUGUAUGGAAAUGGAGAAAAGGUCCAGAGAUCGUGCCUUAUCAAUUUGUCAAACUUAUGUUUGUAGAACAUCACGUUAUAAUUUCAUUAAACAGCUAAAUAAUCUCGGUUCUAGAAUGGACAAACAUUGGUUCAUAGUCAGAGAUACUUCUUUAAAAACCGAUCGAUUGAUUACGUUAGUUCCAUUGACUAAAAACUGUUCAUUGAAUAUAACUCCAAUGACGAAGAAUAUUUUGAAUGAAUUAUUCUUAGCUCUGCAACAUCCAUACAUAUGCCCUAUAUUUGAUAUCGAUUUUCUUGAAUAUGAUAAUAAAAAUUAUGUAAUUGUAGUUCAACCAAUAAGUCAAGGUAGUUUGAAAGAUUUGAUAUAUGGAAUCGAAAGAACAGGUUGGAAUGAAGAUUGGAAUCAAAAAUAUAGUUCUCGUGGUAAAGGACUUCCUUUACCUCAAGUUCAACAAAUGGGACGUCAAAUACUGGAAGCAUUAAUAUUCUUAAAAGAAAGAGGAUUUCCGACUGUAAUUCAUUUGCAUUCAGGAAAUGUGCUCAUUCAAAACGGUGUCGCACGUCUCGCUGGCCUUGAAAAUACCCUUCUUGGUUUUACCAGUCGAAUACAUCCAUUAAUUAUAUCUCGAAUAUCACAAACUAUUUCAAUUGAUAUGACAUGUUUUGGUCACAUGCUGUUUGAGAUGUGCGCUGGUUAUGAAUUACCAUCAUUUAAGCCAAAUUCCGUUCAUCUAUCGGAUGUUGAAAUGUAUCCUCAAGUCAUCGAGUUAUUCAAAUUCAUAUUUGAUGAAUUAUCUAAUCGUUAUAAGAUUAUCGAGGAAAUUCUUAUUCAUGAUUUAUUCAGAAAUAUUGAUCUUCGUGAAAUGCGAAGUGCUCCUGUUACGUUAUUUCGUCCAAUCUUAACGCCGCCCAUUGUAAACUUUCUUGACAACAUUAAACGACAAAAUGCUAAUAAGAGGCAAAGAUCGCGUUCUAUAAGCGACGUCUAUUUGACACGCAGAUUUUGAAUUAUACAUUUCAAUAAUGUCGACAUUGAUAUGACAUCUUUACAUAGACGAUAUUCUAUUUGUAAGAAUUCUUUACUUGACGAAAUCUACAACGAACUUUCGAAUACAGUUGUAUAAUUAUAAAAAUAUUUAUUUUGUUAGUAUUAUUAUAUUCAUAUAUUUCUUUAAAA